UUUGGCAAAAACAAUCUCAGAAUUUGAGAUUGUCUUUCUGGUACAUGUGCAUGAGAUAGUAUUGUCCAUGUAGCAGAGUACCAGUAUAACAAUGGCAUCUAGCCUCGCACGAGGCAUAUGUCCUCAAGUGCAGAGGCCCUGUGCCUCACUCUUGGUGCAGCAGGUGCGACACAAUACCUUCAAGCACUUUCCAGGAAUUCGUAGUGUAGCUUCAAGAAAAAGAAUGUUUGAAUUGCAAGAAAUUGUUGACAAAGUAGUUGGUGUACAGCGCGUUUGCAAGCGUCCCAUUCCUGAAGAAGAGAAGUGGCAUGUGAAUGCACCUGAUCCGACACCUGAUGAGGCACGGCAGGAGAACCGCCCCUUGAUCUAUUUGUGUAAUUGGUCAGUCAAGCUUGUGGGACCAACACUGCAAGAGACCGACGUGGUGAAGUUUGUUGUCUCAAUGCCAAUGAAUAAGUUCGAGAUUGAGCAGUACUUGACGUUACUGUAUGGAUUGGAUAUCAUCAGAGUCCGCACGGCCAUCUAUCAUGGAGCAGUUGUAGCUGAUCAGCCUGGCAGCCGACGGGUAGCUUUCGAGCCAUACUUCAAAGUGGCAUAUGUGACGCUACGCGACACUAUGUUCAAGUUCCCACCACCGCACAAGAUGUUCCCAGAGCACUUCGAGGAGGACUCGCCGAUACCAGCACCCGCACUGCGUAUUGGCUCUGAUGUCAAGAUGGGUAUCUAUAACUACGACUAUAGAGCACACGUGUAUGAAGCGCAAAGGAAAAUGGAAGAUCACUAUCUAGAGGAACCACCAAAGGGUGUACGCUGAACAAACUUUAAGCCUAGCACCGUUUUAAGAACAUUCAUAAACAAACAUUUGGAACUGA